GGUCCCGCGGGGCCCCCUUAAAGCGGCGGCGGCCGCGGGCGGUGGCCGGAGGCGGUGGCGAUGGGCAGCGAGGGGGAGCGAGGCCCGGCGGCGGCCCCGAGCCCGGGGCAGGGCGACCCGCGGGCGCUGCGGAGGGACUGCCAGCACCGGAUCUUUGUCAACCGGAGCCUGGCGCUGGAGAAGAUCAAGUGCUUUGGCUUUGAUAUGGACUACACCUUGGCCAUGUACAAGUCCCCCGACUACGAGGAGCUGGCUUUUGCCCUGUUGCUGGAGCACCUUGUCGCCAUUGGGUACCCCCCCGAGAUCCUCGCCUACAAGUAUGACCCCACGUUCCCCACUCGGGGGCUGGUGUUCGAUGCCCUGUAUGGGAACCUGUUGAAGGUGGAUUCCCAUGGGAACCUGCUAGUCUGUGCCCAUGGCUUCCGCUUCCUCAAGGGAGCCGAAAUCCUCCACUAUUACCCCAAUAAGUUUAUCCAGCGGGAUGACAUGAAGCGCUUCCACAUCCUCAACACGCUCUUCAACCUCACAGAGGCCCACCUCUAUGCCUGUCUUGUGGACUUCUUCACCAACUGCUCCAGAUACGUAAACUGCGAUACCGGCUACAAACACGGGAACCUCUUCAUGUCCUUCCGCAGCAUGUUCCAGGAUGUGCGUGAGGCCAUGGACCACGUCCACCUCUCUGGCUGCCUGAAGGAGAAGACGCUGGAGAACCUGGAGAAAUAUGUGGUGAAAGACCCCCGUGUGCCACUGCUGCUGAGCCGCAUGAAGGAGGUGGGGAAGGUCUUCCUGGCCACCAACAGUGACUAUACAUACACGGAUGCCAUCAUGUCCUACCUGUUUGACUUCAGAGAUGGGGACAAGGCGGACACCCCGCAGCGCCCCUGGAGGUCUUAUUUUGACCUGAUUGUGGUGGACACCCGCAAGCCCCUCUUCUUCGCUGAGGGCACCGUCCUGCGCCAAGUCGACACGGACACAGGGAAGCUGCGCAUUGGGACGUACACCGGCCCCCUCCAGCACUGCACCGUCUACUCUGGCGGCUCCUCAGAUGUGGUGUGUGACCUCCUGGGCGUGAAAGGCAAAGACAUCCUUUACAUGGGGGACCACAUCUUCGGGGACAUCCUCAAGUCCAAGAAACGGCAGGGUUGGCGCACCUUCCUGGUGGUGCCUGAGCUGGCCCGUGAGCUGCAGGUCUGGACAGAGAAGAGCGAGCUGUUUGAGGAGCUGCGGAGCCUCGAUCUCUUCCUGGCUGAGCUAUACCAGCACUUGGACAGUGGCAGCAGCGAGCGCCCAGACAUUAGCUCCAUCAAGCGUCGGAUCCAGAAAGUCACACAUGAGAUGGACAUGUGCUACGGGAAGAUGGGCAGCCUCUUCCGCUGCGGCUCACGCCAGACGCUCUUCGCCAACCAGUUGAUGCGCUACGCAGACCUCUAUGCCGCCUCCUUCAUCAACUUCCUCUACUACCCCUUCAGCUACCUCUUCCGGGCACCCCCUGUCCUGGGCAGCAACCUCCCAACAAGCCUUCACUGAGAGAGACUUCAGACCCCAUUGUCAGCAGGAUAGUGCUGGCUCACCCAGUCAAACCCUUAUACUCUGCUGUUCCCUGGAAGACCCAGGUGACCAACGCUGCCACUUACUUACGAUCCGCAGCUGAUGGGAUCCUGGGAACACGCCCAUACUGCACGAUUGCCUUCGGCAGCUCCGGUUUAAGCUGAUCUUUCCUACUCCUCAAAUUACCCUCAAGUGCAGUAGUUUUGGAGCAGUGUGUGCUGGGAGGCUGGUUUGCGUGGUCUAUCCCUUGGGAUGUUGCUGUGUGUCUGGGACGCACCACAUUCAUGUCCUUCCUGUCCAUCCCCCCUUUAAUCAUGGGCCUUGGCUGUGGCAUGGUGCCACCUCGGUUCAGGCUGGAUUUCAGGUUUGUUGUCCCCUGAGGCCUGCCUGAGGCCAGAGGCUUAGUGGAAGAACUUCUCAUUGGGGGAGGUUGAAAUUGGUGCUUAAAAACUCCCACUGGAGCUGUGCCAGGUGGCUUUCCCACAGGUUGCCUCACUGUAGUAGUUUUUUCCUGGUUUGUCCCUGUUUUUUUAUGUAGCAAAUUAGCAGAAGCAGGAAGGUACCUAGGGGGCUGCAAUGGCUGAGUUCUGACACUUGUUUUUUGAGACACGCUCUUUGAGCCUGGCAGGAUUUUCCUGAAUUUAUCUGGAACUGGGUCUUUCUUAGCCUGGCGGUUAUUAAUUUUGUCCUCCGGGCCCACAACGGGCCUUGACAUUACAGCUGAGCUUUGCUCGUAAGCCAAGACUCUCUUCUUCCCAAGACUGCUUCCAUCAAAUUGGAAAUCUCUGUUUAGCUCUGGGAGUGUGGAGGCUCGUGGGCUGAGGUUUUCCUUGUGACAGACCAGCCCAUCCUGCAGCUCCUCAUUCAGGGACCAAGGCACUCCAGGAGGGGAGUGGUCACUUCCCACACAAAGUGCUGCAGCAGUGACAGUGUCCUGUGCAGACUUCUUCUUCCUUUCCGGAUUUAGGUGACCAGAGCCUGGAGGUGGGAGCCUGCCUCUGGUCUGUGCAGAAGCAGGAAGCUUUGUGCUCUUCCCUGGCUGCACUGGAUGCACCCCCACUGCUCUCUGGGAUGUGUUUGAAGGCUUCUGCUGACUAGCGUGGCCAGUGUGCUGUGUGGAUUUGGCACUAAGCUUGCCAUCCUCCUGAGCACUCUUCAUCACAUUUCUGAGAACAUCCUUCUUGUUCCUGUCAACCUGGAGAGACAAAGCAGCCCUCAGCUCCAAGGAGAGCUCAGCUUGGUCAGACCCUGAGAGCUGGCCCAGGGGGACAGCCAUGCAAAGGCCUGUGGUGACAAAGCAGUUGUCAACAGAACAGUAACACAGCACCCACCAGGACACGGGCAAAGGAUCGGUCUUCUAAAUUGAAACUCCUAACUAAACUAAACUAAGCUCCUCUGAAAAAAUAAGUAGUUUGACUCGUUGCCAGCUAUUUAGCAAUCUGUUGAGUGUCCUCAUCUGGAGUCAGGAACUCAUGACCCUGACUUGAGGAUGUGGUUUGCAAAGAAAGUUACUGACCCAAAUUGCAGCAAGGAUGAAAAAUUAUUAUGACUAAAGCCCACCCUCUUGUGACCCUAUAAAUAGAGGUCCUGAGUGAGACCCUUUGAGCCCUCCUGGACUGCAGUGGGCUAUGACCACUAUCUCCCUCUGAAUGGGGCCUCUCAGAGCCAGCAAACUCUCACACUUACUAUACUUGGAGGAUCAGCGAACGAGGAUGAUGGAGCCUCUCCUCGAGGCUCAACCCCCCAACCACUGAGAAGAUGCAAAGGCGGUGACGUGAGUCCUUCACUGAAUUUGAGGGGAAUUUUUCACAGGUACCUUGUACAGACUCUUUAGGCCUGUGUGCAUGUGACUGUGAAUAUGCUACAGCAAAUGUACCAUGAAGGUGGGUCUCCUUGGUUCUUAAGUACUUUAGAUUUGUAAGUCAAUCAGGCCUGUGACUUACUGUUGUGCUACAGUAAAUUCUAUAUGAAUCCUUUGCUAAAUUGUUUAACUUAACCUAUUGAUUAAGUGCUGUUAGAACAUGUAGGCCUUAACUGUAGGUCAGGUCCUGGCCUCAGAUUAGCAAGGGGGUCUGCUCUGAAACUCGUGACUCAACAGAUGGGUCUUCCUUAUUCCUUUUUAUCCUUACCCUUUCCCAUCCUUACCCUUCCCUCCUCCGGCCCAACCCCCAAGCUCAACAUAGAUAAUUUUUAGGUUGGUUUUGUUUUAGAUUGAUUGAUUUUAAGUUUAACCAUCCAGUAAGUAGUAGAUGAACCUUGCCAAUGAACUUUUUUGUGCUUUCACUUUUAUAUUAAACUUGCUUUUGCCAAUAC